GGGUUUGAUCUGCGAAUGAUCCAAUAAAGAUACCGGCGACACCCACCCCGCAUCUGAUCACGAGUGCGCGUCUUGGGAGGGCAAUGUUCAAGAUAACUUUGCUCGUCCUCGACUUGUUGCUGAGAAGAAGAGGAAGGCCGACGACGGAACUGGCAUUACCAGAGACCACCUUGGGCUACGACGUGCUACCCUCUGGAGUACUGCAGACGACCAGCGCGCGAGCGAGGCGCAUGCCGAAUUUCCUUGUAGAACUCCAUCUGGAACUGCCGGUGCUGCUUAGACAAGGCGCGCUCUGGGUUCCUCCGCCGUCGUCAGAUCGGUUAGCCGAGUCCGGGCAGUGCCCAACCCAAGUCGAAAAAGCCCCAGCGGAAGGACCAUCAGUUGCAGUGGUAAUUGUAGGCUGGCUCUGGGCUCAUGGCUAGUGCCAGGGCCCGGGACAUGCGACGAUACUGAAGAUCGGUCAUGUUCCGCAUAACGUACUCCCUUGGGGGAACCAAGCCCCACCACUUCAGAUAAAGCUUUCCCCAGCUCUAUGCCGUCUGAACGAGUGGCAGCAGCUGAAUGAGUGAUUGAAACAGUAGCAUUAGCGACGGCUUUUGGAAGGACGUCGCCUUCGGGAGCAACCAGGCUUCUUACUCCGAUGGGUUUGCAUGGAUAUGAGCGGAUAUACGGUCGCAGAACAUGUCCAGGUCUUCCAUAUCUGGAUAUUCAAGUGAGAGCCUGGCAAACGGUCUUUGAUAGACAUCGAUCCGCUGCCUGGUCUGACCUUUGA